AUGGCAGUAUCACUGGUGGCAAAGAGAAGAAAGAGAAGAAUGAGAAUACCCCAAGAUAAUGCCACCGAGACCAUGGGUAUCCUACGGCCCUUGAGCCAUCCCAUAUCUGCCAAGAACAACACUAAGAAAUUCCUGAUGCUGCAGGUACUGGCAAUACUGUUGUUGCUGCAUCAUGCCAGUGCGGAUACAGCUACCCAUGCUACCCAUGAUACCCAUAUUAGGCAGUUACAAAAGCAGCAACAACAAACUCCCAAGGCCAAUGGUAGUGACACCACUGCUAAUGCUAAUGCCAGUAAUUCCUCGGCUGCUGCGGCUAGUGAUAAUGGUGGUGGUGGAGGUGCUGCUGCUUCUGGUGGUGGAGGAGGUGGUGGUGGUGGUGGUACAAGCAGCACAGAAACUUCCCUGGACACUGGAGGCCCAUCUUGCUUAAUAGUGGGAGAUGAGUUUGUCUGUGACGUCAACAUGGUCUUGCAUGCCUCUGAGAACAAUCAGCAACAGCAACAGCCACAGCCAGGAAACUCCAUUUCUACAAACGGCAACAACACUGCAGGUUCCGGUGGACCAACGGCUGGGUCGGGCAGUGCUUCCACAGACUCUGAAGUGGUAGUGGAAGCUGCCUUGACGUGUCCUUUUAUGCCCUUUAAUAACAAUACUAUGAACAACAAUGGUACCACCACCGUGCCUGCGCAAGGCGACACGAUGGAGUUGUUAUUGGCCGUCACAGACCCCAAGACGUGUGGUUGUACCGCCGCUCUUUCCUAUAAUCACAAUUCCAGGGAAGCCAAACAAUGUCCCUGUCACUACUGCAUCGAUCCAACAGGAGCACCUAAUAACAAUCCACAAUUGGCCAUUGAUUGCUCAGCUCAUCCAUCCGAUCCCUUUGUACAAGGAAGAUGCCAACGAAUUGCCUGUGAUGGAUCUUGUAUCAAUACACCCAAGAACACGACGACAGCCACUCCACAACCCACGACAACACCCGCGACACCACCUCCGACAACAGCGGCUCCCACCAAGGCACCGACACUGGCACCGACCACAGCGACGACGAUACCACCCACAGCGUCACAAACGACUCUGGCACCCACGGCUUCUGCAACAACAACCAUCACGAACCGAUUUCCCUGGUGGAUUCCCGCGGCAUUUUACAUUACCAACACGGGAGGACUCACGGCGGAACAACUGCUCCAAGACGAGGCAGGAUUGGAAGGAUUGCAGUCGGCAUUUCGUGAUUUGAUACAACAACAAGUCAUUGACGUACUAUUGGAACCCACAAACCCCACGGCUCGUCGAUUCUUGCAACAAUCUACGACUUUAGUUGAGUAUGCAUCCCUGGGAACGGCCCUGUACGAUAUUCACGAUGCGGAUUGUCCACCAACACUCGAAAUGCGACAAGCACAAGCAUGUCAAGUCGUCUUUGGACGCUUCCAGUUGCUCCUCGAUUCCAACAAUCCAUCCCAAGUGGAUCUCGUCGAGAGCGAAUACACCGUGGCGACGGACGUGGCCGUCGAUACCCAACUGCAGGCAUUGCUGGACGACAAUAACAACAAUCCACUUGGCAUUCAAAUUGUCCGGGCCGAGUCGGUGGCCCGCACACCCCCGUCCGACUCGUGUAAUUUCUGUGCGAAUCCCAACAAUGAUGCACCCUUUCCCCCCACGGACGGAUUCGACUGUGCCCAAGUGGCUACUUUGUAUGCGCAAGCAUCGGCCGACGAAUGCAUCAACAUUGCGAGUACCCGUCGGUUUCAACUAAAAUUGCCAGGACCCUUGCGAGAAUUCGUGAGGCAACAAUUGCCGCUGGAUUUCAAGGCGCAAUGUGGAUGUCCCAUGACGGAAGAAGAGGAUGUCAUGGAGACGACCCGGACGUGUCCCGUGUUUUGUCCGGCGGACAAACGCGUCCCAGAAGCAGAUCGGGACGUCGUGGUCGAUGAAGCCAACGCAUUGACGUGUGGCAUGUUGGACGAUUACAGCAAUGCCGUGGCCGAUUUGACUUUUUGCGAUGCCCUCCAACGACACGGAGAGGUGUGUUGUACCGAAUCCACAACAAUAUCAACAUUGCCGCCGCAACCACAAUCACAAAACAACUUGACCGCCAGCGGCGACCGUCCCAGUACCCCGGAAGGAGCCCAAGUGGUCACGAUUCCAUCCUAUUUUCGAGUGUACAAUUUACGCGAAUUGACGGCCGAUGUCGUCAUGCUCAGUCCCGAUUUUGAAGGCUUGCAAAAGUCGUAUGCGAUCUUUGUGGAGCGCGUGGUGAGGGAAUUGACGACGGAAGAGGCUGAAGAUGAUAUGAAUGCUACCGCAACGACAACAGCUGACUCUGCAGCGAAUGCCACUCGGUACCUUCGACGGGGAGACGAGAUACUGCCGGAUUAUCAUUACUAUGAUUAUCAUCAACGACGACGCUUGCAAAUUGUGUUGGAUACUACCACUAUUCACUUUCUCAAUGACACUAAAUGUCCCAAGAACUAUCCCUCCACGGCGAUCUGCGCCAACGUCACUGCUUCCUACGACUUGUUUCUCUUGGACGGUGAACACAACAUGACCACCAUCGACGAUUAUACCAACUACACUCAAGAGGCCAUUGAUCAAGGUCUACUCAAUGAAACCAUGGAGGUGAUCGAUCCUUAUUCAUCCUUGGUGAUUCUUGGUUCCUUGCCCAUUCCACCGCCCGAUAAUGGACCCCCGCCGCCAUCACCCCAAGAAAUUGCCGACGAAGGCGGAUACGACGAAUUCUACAUGAUCGGAAUUGGCGUGGGCGUUGCCAUUAUCGUGUUUUGUUUGGUGGCAAUCAUCUGUGCGUCCGACAUGACCGGUGCGAUGCCCGAUGACAGCGAUGUCGAUCCAUGGGAAAAGGAGCCGACAAGGCCGCUGGCCAAGGAAAAGGCUCCCUCGUCGAAAAAGAGUAUGGAAGAUCCGCAUGCCAAGACGGAACGACAAGAAUAUGAACACUAUCGAGCACAGGUGGAAGAGUUGGUGGAAGAAAAGACGCCGGAAGAAUUGGAUAAUGUUGACGAGUUGAUGGACCUCUUCUUUGAACGCGAAUUGAUUCUCAUUGCCACUUUGAAACACAUGCCAGAUGCGAACGACAUUCCUCAAGAACUCGAGGCACCGCCAUCUAUUAACGAUGACAGCAUGGCCCCGAGCUCCAUCAAUAAUACCAUCACCACCGAGGCUCGCUUCGACGACAGCAUGUUUUGGGCGUCCGAAGAUGGAUCGUCGGGCGAGUUUGCCGAAGAAAGUACCACCAUGUUUGCAGCCUUUGCCAAGCCUGGAGACGAAGAAUCGGAGUCUGAGGAUGAAGCGAUUAAACGGUCUUCUACCAUUGAAGAAGGGGAUGAGAGCGCCGAUUUGACCGACAGCGAAAUGGAUUCGAGCUCUCGAGUGGAGGCUGCGGAGAAUGAAAGAAAAGCUAAAAAGGUGCAAAAACCUGUGUCGGAUAGUGAAGCUGACUCCGACGACGAGCCGGAGACAGCGAAAGAGUCUGCUCCGCCAAAGAAGACAAAGGAAGCCACACCCGAGCCGAAAACAGAGUCGCCGCCGCCAACUCCAGAGUCAGAAAGUCCACCGGAGAACGAUUCCAACUCGGACAAAGCAGCAAGCGAGACGUGGGACGACGAAGAUGCUAACGAAGAAAUACCCGAUUCAGAUGGGAACAAAGGUAAUGAUGGUGAUGGGAUAGUGUAGACUACCCGAAGGACCAAGCAGAACCGGAUCCGUCGCCACCCAUUGAAUGAGUGGGACGACGAAAAGUAAAAUAGUUGUACCACUACUAAUUAUCUUAUAGCGAACAGGUUUUCGUUC